GCGACGAAACAGCAGACAGAAACCAAAUAAGUUAGAGUGUACUCCUGACUGCUAUUUACAGACUCUUAACACCAUGCUGGGAGGAGGCUUCAAGGCAGAGAGGCUCAGGGUGAACCUCCGCCUGGUAAUCAACCGACUCAAACUCCUUGAGAAAAAAAAAACUGAGCUUGCUCAAAAGGCCAGGAAGGAGAUUGCAGAUUACCUGUCAUCAGGCAAAGAUGAGCGGGCACGGAUCCGCGUGGAGCACAUCAUCAGAGAGGACUAUCUGGUGGAAGCCAUGGAGAUCCUGGAGCUUUACUGUGACCUGCUGCUGGCUCGCUUUGGCCUCAUUCAGUCUAUGAAGGAGCUGGAUCCAGGCUUACAGGAAGCAGUGUCCACCCUUAUCUGGGCAGCUCCUCGCCUCCAGUCAGAGGUGUCUGAACUAAAAAUUGUAUCUGAACAGCUGUGUGCAAAAUACAGCAAGGAGUAUGGCAAGCUUUGUAGGACAAACCAGAUUGGGACAGUCAACGACAGGCUGAUGCAUAAACUGAGUGUGGAGGCCCCCCCCAAGAUCUUGGUGGAGCGCUACCUGAUAGAGAUAGCUAAGAACUACAAUGUGCCAUAUGAACCUGACGCCAUGGUCCGGCCUGAGGUGUGUCCUGGAGAGGAGGCAGACCUGAUUGACGUUGACACUGACAAGAAAUCUGGAGGAGGAGGAGGAGGAGGAGGAGGAGGAGGGGGAGGUUUCACUGCUGGUGCCAUGCCCAUGCCUAUGCCCAUGGGCAUGCCUAUGCCCAUGGGCAUGCCUAUGCCAACAGCUUUCAACUAUCCACCUUCCAAAGGAGCCGAACCAUUUAAUGCACCAGUUGGAACCUACAACAGCUUCCAGCCCCCCAUGGGAGGAGGGCAGCCCCCUCAGCUGCCCACUUGUCCCCCCACAUACGAGUCUAUUGAUGAUCUAAAUGACAAAUCUUUUGUUCCUUCCCAGAUCACAGGUCCCGGCCCCUCAUCUCAACCAUUUGACAGCAACGCACUCCCAGAGCUCCCCUCUGUUCCCGACACACUCCCCACAUCAUCCUUUGGCGGGAACACCACCACCUCGGACGACAUCGACUUUGACGAUCUAACACGGCGCUUUGAGGAGCUGAAGAAGAAAACCUAAUUGUUAUGCCUCUGGUCUAAACACACAUAUAUAUAGACACACACACACAGGCCUGUGUCGUCACCUCUGCAUCUCAGAACAGGAAAAAGAACUUGUUCAAGGCUCUGAUCAGAUUUGGAUAGUUCUCCCCCUUUCUACAUUUAUUCUUACCUCAUGUAGAUAAAUAUAACUGAUGGUGCGGUUGCUCACUCAAGCUUUUUAAAUAACAGAAACCUUUCUUUUGGUAAAGCAGUACCAGUGUGUACCACGUUUUAAUUUCUUUACUGUACUGCACAUCAUAUACAUUAUUACAUACAAUCAUGUGGGUGGGGACAUCUGUUCUCUCAUUGAAGGACUUUUAACUUUUCCAAUUUGUCUGCGUGAUAUACUGUUGUAAUAAUCAAAUUUAGAUUUUAAGUGUUGCUUUUUUUUGAGGGUUUGGGGUCUGACUUAUAUAUACAGUACAUGCCUUGGUUCUGCUUUGCACAUGUAUCGACACUGUGUCACUCAGUUUUGUCUCAGACUAGUCAAACAAGUCUGACUGCCCGCCCCAGUUUGG